AAAAAAGAAUUACAGUCACCAUGUGCAAUGUGGUUGUGUGGAAACCAAGGCAAUAAGUGGAAGAUUGGAUACUGGCGCGCUAUCAGUUCACUCUUACAGGGUUUAGGGUUUUUACAUUUUUCUCAGACAGAAACAAGAAGAAGAAGAUUAGAGAAGAAAACAGAGCGAUAAACCUACAAGCAUCUCUUUCCCACACCAAAAACUCAAAAAGCUUUAAUGGAGUUUGAGUGAAUGAAAUCCUCACUCUCAAACUCCUCCCAAUUCUCUACAAAGACAACAACAACCAUGGCGUUCUCAACAGGACUUCGUUUUACAGCUUCUUCUAUCAUUCGCUACCGUCCUUCACUCCCUAUCACUACUCUAAACACAUUUAGGGUUUCUAAGUAUCGUCCUGGUUUAUCUGAGCUCCGUUUCCUGUCUGCUGCUCCUCGCAGAACUAUAAAACCUAGGGCUAAGAGAAGUGAAGAAACAGGAAGAGAAGACGAGGAAGGAGGAGGAGGAGGAGAAAGUGGAAAUGGGAGUUUGGCUGUCAAGGAGAGACCUGAGGGAAAGAUUGUUCCGAUGGAGCUUCAUAAAGAGGCACAUGACUCGUAUAUGGCUUAUGCUAUGUCUGUAUUGCUUGGUAGAGCAUUACCAGAUGUUCGUGAUGGAUUAAAGCCAGUUCAUAGAAGAAUUUUAUUUGCUAUGCAUGAACUGGGUCUUUCAUCACGAAAGCCACAUAGGAAGUGCGCCAGAGUUGUUGGAGAGGUUCUAGGUAAAUUUCACCCACAUGGAGACACUGCUGUUUAUGAUGCUUUGGUGCGAAUGGCCCAGGAUUUUUCUAUGCGAUGUCCUCUCAUUCGAGGGCAUGGUAAUUUUGGUUCAGUUGAUGCAGAUCCUCCUGCUGCAAUGCGUUACACCGAGUGUAGACUGGAAGCACUUACAGAAGCAAUGCUCUUGUCUGAUCUUGAACAGAAUACGGUUGAUUUUGAGCCAAAUUUUGAUAAUUCACAAAAAGAACCAUCAGUUUUACCAGCAAGGCUCCCAACUCUUCUAUUGAAUGGUUCUUCUGGAAUUGCGGUUGGAAUGGCAACCAACAUUCCUCCGCAUAAUCUUGGAGAGUUGGUAGAUGCACUUUCUGUUCUGAUUCACAAUCCAGAAGCUACGCUCCAAGAAUUGUUGGAAUACAUGCCAGGGCCUGACUUUCCAACUGGAGGUAUAAUCAUGGGUACAACUGGUAUACUAGAAGCAUACCGAACUGGACGUGGACGUGUGACAGUUAGAGGAAAGACUGACAUUGAAGUAGUUGAUUCCAAAACAAAGCGCUCUGCAAUUAUUAUCAAGGAGAUCCCUUAUCAGACCAACAAAUCUACUCUAGUGGAGAAAAUUGCUGAACUUGUGGAAACUAAGAUUCUUGAAGGCAUAAGUGAUAUUCGUGAUGAAAGUGAUCGUACUGGAAUGCGUAUAGUCAUAGAGCUUAAAAGAGGAUCAGAUCCAGCUCUCGUUCUCAAUAAUCUGUAUCGCUUUACUGCGCUUCAGUCUAGCUUUAGUUGUAACAUGGUUGGCAUCCUGGACGAACAGCCAAAACUAAUGGGGUUAAAAGAAUUGCUUCAGGCAUUUCUGGAUUUCAGAUGCUCAGUUAUUGAAAGGCGUGCAAAGUUUAAGCUUUCUCAAGCCCAAGAUAGGAAACAUAUUGUAGAGGGCAUCAUUGUUGGGCUUGAAAAUGUUGGCGCAGUUAUUCGUGUAAUUAGGGAAAGUCCAAGUAAUGCAAUGGCUUCAGCUGCUCUGAGGAAAGCAUAUAACUUAUCUGAAAAACAAGCCGAUGCUUUAUUGGACAUGACCCUGAGAAGGCUCACUUUAAAUGAGUCAAAGAAGUACAUUGAUGAAGCUAAGCAUUUAACAGAAGAAAUAUCUAAGUUACGUGAACUCUUGUCAAGCAAAAAACAAAUAUUUCAGUUGAUAGAACAAGAAGCAAAUGAAAUCAAGAACAGAUUUGCAACUCCAAGGCGUUCAACGCUGGAAGAUGCAGACAGUACACUUGAUGAAAUGGAUAUAAUCCCAAACGAAGAAAUGCUUCUGUCUCUCAGUGAGAAAGGUUACCUUAAGAGGAUGAAGCCCGACACCUUUAAUCUUCAAAAGCGUGGUACCAUUGGAAAGUCUGUUGGGAAGAUGAGAGUAAAUGAUUCUAUGUCCGACUUCCUUGUUUGUCAUACACAUGAUCAUGUGCUCUACUUCAGUGACAAGGGAAUCGUAUAUUCUGCCCGCGCAUAUAGAGUUCCUGAAUGUACCAGAACUGCAGCUGGCACUCCUUUAAUCCAGAUCUUGUCCUUAUCUGAUGGUGAGAGGAUAACAUCCAUAAUUCCUGUCAGUGAGUUUGCUGAAGAUCAGUAUUUAGUAAUGCUCACGGCAAAUGGGUACAUUAAGAAAGUGUCGUUGAACCUUUUCUCUUCAAUCAGAUCAACAGGAAUCAUAGCAAUUCAACUGGUUCCUGGUGAUGAACUAAAAUGGGUCAAACUCUGCACAGAUGAUGACCUUGUCGCAGUUGCCUCUUUAAAUGGGAUGGUUAUUCUGAGUCCCUGCGAUACCCUUCGAACACUUGGAAGAAGCACCAGGGGUUCAGUUGCCAUGAGACUAAAGAGUGGGGACAAGAUGGCAUGCAUGGACAUAAUACCAGCAGCCAUAAGGAAAGAAUUGGACAACCAAACUCGGGUUAAGGAUCCUAGUCCCCCAUGGUUGCUAUUUAUAUCUGAAUGUGGUAUGGGAAAGCGGGUCUCUGUGAACAGCUUCCGCCUAUCACCUCUAAAUAGAGUUGGUCUGAAGGGUUACAAGCUUCAAGAGGAGGAUCGCCUUGUAUCUGUAUACGUGGUUGGUUUGUCUCCAGCAGAGGACGGAAGGACCGAUGAACAAGUAGUGCUAGUCAGUCAAAGUGGAACAAUUAACAGAUUCAAGGUUCAGGAUAUAUCAAUACAGUCCAGAUAUGCAAGGGGUGUUAUUCUGAUGAGACUUGAGCAUGCUGGAAAGAUCCAGUCAGCUUCUUUGAUAUCGGCAGUAGAAAAGGAAGUGGACGCCGAGCCAGCAAUCUGAUUAUAAGUCUGUAGAGAACAAAACACAUCAAAUUUUGAAAAUAUCAUUUGUCCACAAAUGAUUUGUAAGAGCUCAAAAAAGAAAAAGAAAAAAAUAGAGUUCUGGUCUGUAAAUUGUCUGUCAGUAUUACUGUAUCUAUCAAUCUAGAUCCAUCUGUUCUAUCAAUCUUCCUGUACCAUAUUCUAAAAG